CCUGUAAUGGAGACCUCUGGAGGAGGCAGCAUCCCCAGCGGCAGAGCCGCGCCCCGGCCUCUGGCGCAGCUGCAGAAGCUUGAGACACGGGUGGCCCGUAGACGCCUGUCCCAGGCCCGCCACCGGGCCACCAUGGCAGGGCUCUUCAGCAACCUCAGGAAAACCGUUUACUCCCAGUCUGACCUCACAGCCUCAAAGUGGCAGGUUUUGAAUAAGGCGAAGAAUCACAUUCAGGAACUGGAACAAACCUUGGAUAAUCUGCUGAAGCUGAAAGAAUCCUUCAACCUGGAGGAUGGGAAUGCAAACAGCUUAGAGGAGGUCAAGGAAGAAUAUGCCAGCAUGUACUCCAGAAACCACAGUUUGUUCUCAAACAAGUUUCAUCAGAAGGGCUCCGUCACCUGGUACCCAAUUGAGGCUGUUGGGAAGGAUGCUGAUGAGGAAGAAGAGGAGGAGGAAGAGGACGAAGACCAAGAAGAAGAGGAAGAGGAGGAAGAGGAGGAGGAAGACGAGGAGGAAGAGGAGAAAACAGUGGAGCUCUUACACUCCCCAGUCACCUUGUUGCCAGACCUCAUGGAAUUUGAACGGUAUCUCAACUUUUACAAGCAGACGAUGGACCUUCUGAUCAGGAACAGGAUUGUCUCCUCGCAGGAGGUGACACUCCCCAUCGUCUCUGCGGCCAUCUCUCACCUGUGGCAGAACCUCUCUGAGGAGAGGAAGGCCAGUCUCCUGCAGGCCUGGGCGCAGAAGCACAGAGGCCCCCCGGGCCUCGCAGGGGCCUGUCAGGAGCCAGCCUGUGCUGAGGGCAGCGUGAAGGACAGUGGAGUCGACAGCCAAGGGGCCAGCUGCUCGCUGGUCUCCACCCCGGAGGAGAUCCUUUUUGAAGAUGCUUUCGACGUGGCAAGUUUCCUGGACAAAAGUGAGGCUCCAAGUACAUCUAGCCCCAGUUCAGUGUUUGCCAACUGUGACCCAGAAAAUCCAGAAGAGAAUUUUCAGCUCUAUAUGCAGAUCAUCGAUUUUUUUAAAGGCCUUUGCUGUGUUAACCCUCAGGUCAAACAGGAACCGGAUGUUCCCUUUGACGAUGAGAUGAUAAUGUUGAGGUGCAUGGAGACCUUUGACGAUGAAGAUUUGUGAUGCAGAAGGGCUGGGAGGGGGAGGGAACGAUGAGCGUGCGCAGCUUCCAAGUUUGAAUGCUGGCAGCCCAGGUUGCACCUGCCUCAGCCUUCUGGAGAAGUUUUGGAGUGGGCUGUCCCAAAAGCAUUUUGAUGGUUUUAGUUUCCAAUUAUUAUAAAGUAUCUAAAAG